CCAGACUCGCAGCUUGUCAAUUUCAACAUUUGGUCACAUGACCAGCACCUCCCUGCUAAGGAUGGGGAUAGAUUUCCACGUCAGCUUACGUCUCCAAAUUUCUACUUCACGGAUCUGCUUCAAAGACGCAGCUGCAUCAGAGAAUCAUGUGGAGCUCAGCUAAUGCGCCGAGAGCGAGGUAGCCCAGGAUGGAUUUUGAUGAGCGCGUGCCCUGCUCGUCUAACAUGUAUUUGCCCAGUUGUACUUACUACGUCUCGGGUCCUGACUUCUCGAGCCUCCCUUCUUUUUUGCCCCAAACCCCGUCUUCUCGCCCCAUGACAUACUCCUACUCCUCCAACCUCCCCCAGGUACAACCUGUAAGAGAAGUGACCUUCCGGGAGUACGCCAUUGAGCCCUCCAGUAAAUGGCACCCCCGGGCCAACCUGCCCCACUGCUAUUCGGCAGAGGAGCUCAUGCACAGGGACUGCCUGCCCGCCUCCGGCAGCGCGAGCGUGGGCGACAUGCUGGCCAAGAACUCCGCCAACGUCUACCACCACCCCAGCACCACGGGCACCUCGUCCAAUUUCUAUAGCACGGUGGGCAGGAACGGGGUCCUGCCCCAGGCUUUCGACCAGUUUUUCGAGACCGCCUACGGCCCCCCGGACAACCUGACCGCCGCCGCCUCCUCCGACUACCCGGGGGACAAGGGCGCGGACAAAAUGCCCCCGGCGGCCGGGGCGGCGGCGGCGGCGGCGGCCGCAGCCCCGCCAACUUCAAGUUCGGACGCCGGCGGCGGCGGCUGCGGCGGCAGGGAGAACGCGGCGGCGGCGGCGGCGGCGGCGGCGGCGGCGGCCGCGGCCGCGGCCGAGGAGAAGGAAAGGCGCCGGCGGACUGAGAGCAGCAGCAGCCCCGAGUCAUCUUCCGGCAACAAUGAGGACAAAUCCAGCGGCUCCAGUGGCCAGCGGACCCGGAAAAAACGUUGCCCCUACACAAAAUAUCAGAUUCGGGAACUCGAGAGAGAAUUCUUCUUCAGUGUCUAUAUCAAUAAGGAGAAGCGCCUCCAGCUCUCUCGCAUGCUCAACCUGACCGACCGCCAAGUCAAAAUCUGGUUUCAGAACAGACGCAUGAAAGAAAAAAAAAUUAACAGAGACCGAUUACAGUACUACUCUGCCAACCCGCUGCUCUAAGAUUCCGUCCCGCUUUCGGAGCUUCGUGGGGCUUUUUUUUUUUUUUCCAAGAGGAGAUUAAACUCAGAUUUCGCCCUUGACAAGGUCAAGCCACACGGUGACUUUUCAGGAGGAAGGUGUGGAACCGAGGGACAGAGGGAACUGGGGGGUUCACAAGCCAGAACAGCGCCCUGGACCCUCGCUGGGGCUGGGGCGUUAUUAUGGAGAAGGGGAUUUUCCUAUUGCCACAUCAACUGGAAUCCAUUCCAUUGGGACCUCUGUGGCCCUUAUUCGGAGGAUUUGGGCCACCCCAUGCCCCAGGGCGGAGCUUUUACCUUUUACUGUGACAGAUCCUGCACUCGGGCUAUGAGCAGACUGGUUCCUUAGUUUCCAAACGUAGGCAUAGGACAAAAGGGGUCUCCACACCUAGCUGUAGGUCCCUUUGCUUGGGCCCUAGUGCAGGAUGGCUGAUCUGGGUUGGAAGGGGGUGCUCUAAGCCCCAGGAUAUGCAGUGAGGACUAGUGCGAAAUCAAACUUGGAAAGAAAAAGCAAAAAUCAACAACACACCACCACGAGCAAACUGCAGACUUUGGGAAAAGGAGGAGGAGGAGGAGGAGGAGGAGGAGGGAAAAGAAGGGAUAGGGGACCGAAGGAAGGGGAUUCUUCGGUCAGAGCAGGGCCCGCUCCCCCUUGAUAGAAUGGAAGACAGACUGCUCUCUCCAAAAGCCUUUGCGAAAAGAGGCAAACGAGAGAGAACGCUUUGGAAAUGUUUCUGAAAGAUUUCAGGUACCGACUCGCCCGAUCCCUUCGGGAAAACAAUGCUAUCCCGGCAGCCCUAGCCCUCUGCCUACCUGGAGAGGCUCUGAGCUUUGGAGCGGGGAAAUAGCCACGCGGGAAAGAGCCCUUCCGGGGCUGGGGCUGAGCCCCUGAACUUCAACAAUGGAUCAGAGGGAGAAGGGAGAGAAAAAAAAAAAAAAAACACUAACUCCCUUGCAGGCUGUUUCUGACUCCCCAAAACUUUCUUCAGGAAAUACCUGUGGAGAGCGAGUUUGGCAAAUCCUACCCAACACUUAAUUGAAACGUGGAUUUGUGCAAUGCACUGACAUCGGAUCAUUAAAAGCCCUUUCAUCCAGUGUUGUUUGCGAAGGGAGGGAGGGAAGCAGGAAUUUCGCGACCGGGCAGAGCAGGCAGACAAUGUAAAUACUCGCGUUCUGUUUUCUCCCCUCCAGUUGUGUGUGUGUGUGUGUGUGUGUGUGUGUGUGUGUGCGCGUGCUACCAUUCCGUGUCCUAAAAAGCUUUGUCCGAAAUCCACCAGGAAAGGAGAGUUGUCCGCAAUUAUUUUAAAAAAAGAAAUAGUCUAUAGAGAUAUAUAUAUUUCCCUGCAGGAACCAAAGCGAUGGAAAAAAAAAUGCAAUUUAAAGAAAAAGGAAGAAUGAAAAAAUAUUUAAGAUUCUAUAUCUGUUUACAAAAGGAGCGAUGUUCAUGGCGAGGUUAAUUUACUGGUGAGAAUUUUGAAUGUAUGUUUCAUACAGGAACAGUGUUUUACAAGACUUGUAAAUAAAGAAACCAUAACCUAUUUUGUUUGAAUACUUUUUUUAAACAUAUUUUAAUUUGGGAAGAGGUGAUUGCCUUCGGAAAGGGGGGAGGGAAGGGGCUUAGCAAACUUGUGCAAAGGAGGGGGGACCUACAAACGAAUUGGAAAACGAUUAGCUUACCAAACGGGGUCGUGUCCUUCUUUACCACGAUUCAAUGAGAUGCAGUAUCUUCAUAUUCCAUCACUGUUUUGAGAAAUGUAUUGUCUCUAUGUAUGUACAGUGUUCUUUUCGUGUGCCAACGUAUUGGGCUGCAUGUAUACACUGCAACGGGGCACAAGGAAAAUAAAA